AUGGUGGAACCUAUCGAUGACUCCUCAAGAAAUUGGGUCAACGAGGUCUUCGGGGCGGAGCCGAGGCUAUCUUCCUGGCUACCUGAGUCUACGAAACUCUUCUAUGCCUCAACGUUCCAGGACUGCCCUUUUGCUAGAUCAAUGACUGAACAAGAGGAAUACCAUAUGCAGCACAACUUGGUGCGCUACCAAGGCGAAGCCAUAAUAGAAACCAUUACUGACGAACCGUAUGGCCCUGAUUUGAAUGGUAAGCUCUUGUUGAUUUUGAUUUCCUUUCAGAUUCUGAGCGGAACUAACUGUAUCAACGCCUCUUUUGUAGUUCGAGAUGUUGUUCCCGAUGAUGCUGAUAAUCCAAUGUUGCCCCUUAGCUCUCUCGGUCCUCCUUCUGUCCUUGGCUUGAGAUUGCUAGAUAAAGGAAAGGCUCCCUUGGAGGGUCCUAGUGAAGAUGAUGAAGAUAGUGAUGAUGGGGAAGAGGAGACACCGCUUCAGAGAAAAUGCAGAGCCCCGGAUCGUGAUUCAAUCCCUGUAGAUGUUGAAAGUAAGAGGGCGAGGGUAGAAUUGUCUGCUGACAUUGAUGAAGCGCUUCUGGUGGGCCCAGAAGAACGUCCGGGCAAGGAAAAAGUCUUUGGUCCUUUUGUUUCCGGUGCGCCCAAAAUGGUGGUAUUGAAAGUGAGGACCAUCAAACUUGAGGACGGAGCCGACCUCCCUCCUUAUGAACCGCAUUCUGGACUAGAUUGUCCAGAUUCUGCUACUGUUGCGAAGGCACUCUCGAGGUUGGAUCCUCUUUUUCGGGACUUCGGCUUGCCAGGGUCUCACGGGUCUAUAUCCGAACGUUCAUCCAAUCUUACUAGCAUUGCGGGCAAAUGCAUUAUCAUGGUGCUGAGUCAGCCUGAUGUGGUGCUUGCUAAUGCGAUGGAUGCUUUUAGGUCUCUCUGGAACGUAAUUCGAGCUCUUGAGUUUGAUCUUGUGACAGACCUUGACACCCUCUCCGGGAUGAUGCCUCAGAUCCAUCAAAUUGCUCUGGACCACUGGGAUCGCAAGGAAGGGUUCGUGGAUUUGGCUGAAGCUACCGAGAAGGUCUUAGAUCAACUUGAUGUUCUGGAGAAAAAGGAAGAAGGAUUGAGGGCUGAUAUCUCUGCUAAUCUUUGGUUGAAGGCAGAGAUGGAGGCUAAGCUGAAGGACAUUCGGGCCCAGAUCGCUGCUAGUGGCUCUACUGCUCAAGAGAUAACUUCUCGGGCCUUUCGGGCUCGAUUGGCUCGAAAAAAGAUGGUUUCUGCCCGAUGUGCCCUAGAUAUUGAUAUAGAUGAGCUGGCAGAUCUGAUCGCCACUAUUUUAGAAUUUUCUUGUUGA